GAGAGAAGUAGGUUAACCAAACCAGACCAAAGCGGAACGGAGAUUAUGCCCGGUCUUUAUCGAGCAAGGCUCAGGAACGAACGGUCCCUCCGUCCCUCCACCGGACCCUCUCUCCACUUGGUCAGUUUCGCCUCUGCGUCUCUCUCUCUCUCUCUCUCUCUCGCUCUCUCUCCCGCUCCCUCUGUUCUACGAGUACGUACCUUUCGAUUUCUAGACGAUCCCCAGAUCCGAUUCCAGAAUUUCCCAAAUUUUGUGGAAUGGAUUUCUCCUGUCAUUUGCGGAACCAAACCAGCGCCUCUUUGGAAACACUCCACUGCUGCACCAUCGGACCAAUUGGUUUCAGCUCGCCAUCCCGCAUACUUUUGGCCCAGAACUGGAACGAACAGCCUACAGUACGACAACAAUGAACCGAUCCUGGGUUGGGUGGAAUUCUAAGAAAUCUUUCAUUGAGUAAUAAGGUCUUUUCUCAUCCGGUACAAAACAGGAAGAGGCAUAAUAAUCAACAAAAAUUCGUCCAUUAGAAGAACACAGAAGAGUGAAUAGGUGCAUAAGUUCAGAUAAAUCGGUGGGUCCAGCAACAACAGGGUAA